GUCAGGGAGCAGCGGUGUAACCUCAACGAGGGUGCGAAGGUUCAAAAGGAGAUAGAACCUUGCGGGGUAAGACGGGUGUCGGGGGUUGACCCAGCGGUGGAUGUCUUGGAAACCCGCAUGAACCAGACAGGAAAAUCUCCACCGCCUUACUUGCCCCAAGCCAGUGAUGAUGUUACUCGUAAUAUUGAGGAGCUGGUGGAUCCAAUUGGCCCGUGGGCAACUGGUCGUGUCGUUUUAACUCCCACGGGUGGAAUUACAGGCGUACGACCUGUCGUCGAUCGUUACUCCGUCACUAGAUACAGUCCAGCAGAGUGGAGGGCACAUAAUCAGACAUUUCUCGAUAAUAAUUGCAAGACCAUCGACGAGGCUCGAUUCGUAACUGAGAAGACGAGGGAGAACAACACGAGAAUUUAUAAAAAUACUGACAAAGUGCAGCUGGAAAAUCGGGAUAAAUUGAGCAAACGUGCGAGUGUGAUACACCGGUGGAAAACUGAGCUGGAGAAGGCACUCCACGAGAUCACAGAUGAGAUCGAGUUGCUAGAGGGUGAGCUUCGUCGGGUCAAACAGUCUCUCUCCAUUCUGACACUUCCCGAGUCCAUCUCUGGAGAAUUCCUGGACAUGCGGUGCAAACGACUCGAGCCCGAUCUAGUUAGAGACAGAGUUGAGGAGGAAUUGGUUAAAGAAGUUGCUUUGUGCAACGAAGUGAGGAACACCCUCACGAGAACACGAGAAUCGAUAGAGUAUCAGCUUCAAGAGUUGAAGACAGCAAAGUCAAGACUGGAGUUCGAUUUAACGGAUAAACUCGAUGCCUACGAGAUCGACUCCUUUUGCGUGAGCCUGACAAACACUUCUCCGUUGAUUCUGAUGAGACCAGGAGCUACGAGAGUUCCUCCAGAGCAAUCCACCUCCGAGAGCUACGACCACUUCACCUCGGAAGCCCUGGAAAAUGCUGAGGCAGUCAGACAGAGGUCGAUUUCCCUCAGGAAAACCCUGGACGAAAUUUUCGUGAAGGCUGUCAAGGACCUGAGGAAUCAGGCGAUGCUAGUGGAUAAAGAACUGGCGGAAAAAAUUACUCAGACCGAGCAAGCGUGUCAGCAAUUGGAGAAAGAACUCUCGAAAUGUUUAAAUCAACUCUCAGCGACGGAAAAUUUGAUUGAGGAGUUUCGAGGGGCGGCUAAAGGUCUCAAUGAAGCACUGAAAGUAGCUCAGACACGUUUGAGUGAACGAUUGUACCGUAGAAACGUCGAGAGUUGUCGAGAUGAGCCUCAAUAUGGAUUGAUCCAGGAAGUGAAAACAAUUGGAGAGGAAUUGUCGAUGAUGUCGGGUCAGCUGCAGAGAGCAGAGGAAACUCAAGCGGCUCUGGUGAAAUCCCGGAGUGACCUGGAACGUGAAAUAUUUGUCAAGAGGAAAACACUCUUUUUGGACAAAGAGCGCGGACAAUUGUUACGAUCUUACUACCCUUCUGCCGAAGUAUUAUCCGGCCUCGUGUAAA